GGCAAUGGACGCGUGUGGAAAGCCGAAGGGAAAUCACUUACCGCCAGCCCCGCAUCCACAAUAUUGCGUGUACAAAAGGGGCGUGUGCGUGACUCCAGUGUGUGUGUGUGUCCCGAAAAAGUAGUAAGCCCCUUGAGUCCUCGACAAGUAGAUGCAAAAUACUAAACGCUAAAGAAGUGCCUUUAUGUUUUACCAAUUUUCCGGGCCUCACUUUGCGUAAUACUAAUUAAACGGCUCAUGAAUCACGGAUCCUAAAGUAUCCUGGCAAGUUGAACUGCAGUAUAUCCUUGCCCAAGGCUAAGUGUUGCAGAAAAUAAAUUUCGAGUACAAGAAAAUUGCAUAAAUUUACGGUUGACUAAUUAACCCCAACCAAAUAAAAUCCAUCGAAUAUUUAAGCAAAAACUGUGCGUUCAGAAGGUUACUAAGAAUAAGGCUCAAGGUGGUGUCCCUGAAAUGCGCCAAAAAUGCUGCUGCUGCGGCUGCUGCUGCUGAGUGCGAAGUUCACCUUCACCCAAUGUGCAUGUCAUGCAAACGUAUGAAAAAUCGAUACCAGAAUCCGCAGCUGAAGCAUCAGCCGUUGCACACUUAUUAGCCGCCAACUGAAGCCACUCAAAAUUGCAUCGAGUUCAAAGAAACAGAUACAAAGAUACAGAUAAAUCACUUAGGCAUCACAGGGGGGAAAGAGCAGCACUGCCAUGGUGGACGCCAAGCCGCAGGCAGCCGCUCCAGGAGCGGUGCCGGGCACACCGCCGGCUGGCUUUGCCGGGGAGCGGUCCAAGAUCAAGCUAUUCAUGGAGCGGACACCCAGCAUCGGGGCCCUCAAGUCCAAGUUCCUCACUGUGCUGGGCAAUAGCAAUGAGCUGCUCAACGGCAUAUCAAAUAAGCUGACUCUGAGCAGCAGCAGCAGCGACUCGGACUACUGUGAUGACGAUGAAGAUGUGCCCAAGUUUGACGAGAGUAUUGACUACACCAAGAUUGACUUCGAAGGACGGCGUGUGAAGGCUCGACGAGCACACGAAGAGAUCAUCUCCGGACGAUAUCGGCAGCCAAAUUUAGCGCCGCGUCCCCGUCUGGAACCGUCACGGGGCAGGCAUGCGGCCACCAAGUUAAGUGGCCCACAGCGCUCGAGCUCCUCCUCCAGCAGUUCUGGCGGCAGCAGUAGUGACGAUAGCAGCUCCAUGUCCUUGCCCGAGAACCUGGCAGUUCGCUCCCACGACGUGAGCAGCACCACGCGCUCCGAUUCUAUAGAGUCGCGCCACUCUGGAGGAUAUGAGCGGGCCAGAGCCAUAGCUGGAGCCCGGCGCAGUGAGAUGGAUAUGCAGAAGGACAUGCAGAGGAUUGGGGAGCUUGUCGAGGCCCCGCCGCCACACAUUGACGUACAGCCUCCUACGGAAGGGAUGGGAGCAGGAGGAGCAGCUUCAGGAGGGCGUCAACAGUGGGCUGGUGGGAGUAACUCUAUGCGACUGCCACCCCGUAGUCGCACCUCCAAUAGUAGCACGCUGACCAGCCUCAGGGAUGAGCCGGACCAACUGCUGGCCAGUCCAAGUAUGGAGUCCACCGACUGGCGGCACUUCAUCCGCUCUGAGUCGCAGAACUCGGUACCAUCGUGGGCCUCAUCCAUCAGCCUGGACUGCCGAGCAGGAGAGGAGCCUGUCAAGGAGUUUAUGAAACACUUCACCGCCAUGAUCUUUGGCGGAUCGCCGGGAGCCGUCGAUCUGGAGCUGAAGUCGGAGUUUGGGGUGUUGCUCAGGCUAGAGAUUGGCCGGCUGUGGUUUACGCGCUUCCUAACCGAGCAGCGGCACAAGUCCAAGCGGCUCGACUCGGUCACCUUCGGCGGACUGGCUCAGUAUUUCGCCCUGGCUCUGUUCGAGUGCAGCGAGUGUGAGGACUAUGCUCCGGCGGCUGUGCUCAUGAACCUCUGCUUUCUCUUCUACCACGAGGUGGAGGUACCAGGAUGUGACCCUUACCGAGAGUACCUGUUCACCUCCCUGCGCCAGCAGCCCAUCUGGCAACAGCCGCGCUUCUGGAACGCCAUCUUCCACGACGCUCUUCAGGCGGAGCGGGAGCACCGUGGACGGAGUCAGCUGAGGCGCCAGCAACGCCGGCAGCAGAAACAGCAGCAACGACAAGCGGCAGCCGGAGCAGUGGAGGCGGCUCCUCCUUUAAAGUCACCGCGAAAGCCAGGUGGCGGUGACUCUUCAUCAAGCUCUUCGCACCAGGCCAUUCAGCCGGCAAGUGCGGGUUCCGUUCAGGCUAGCAGGAAGCAGAGCAAGGCCAGCGUGGGUCAACCCCAAUCGAUCAGGGAGCCAGAGGACAUUGCAUUUCGGCAACUUGGUGCCUUGACGUGUAACAUGCACUCUCUUGGGACUUCUCAGGAACUGUGCCUCGAUUUCCUGAAGAAGAACGUGGUGGCUCUUAACCUAUCCAAAGACAAAGCCAAAUUAAUCAGAGACAAUAUCUAUCGAAUGUAUCACGAGACGCAACUUUGGGGAGCCCGACACGCCUGAGGUGAUCCCAGCAGUAACAAUUGUGAAAGUACCUAACAAAACCGUGUUUCAAUCUUCGUCUCAAAUAAACCUAAACUUAUGUCUUAAGUCAGCCGACAAAUUCCAAGCUAAUCUAAACUUAAAUUAGCAGAUCAAUGAAGUUUUAUCUGAACUCUGAAGUUUUUACUCAUGUUGUUGUAACAGUAAAGAUAGUUACGAAGUUGGUUGGUAUUCUUGUAGCCGGCUUUGAUUCAAAUUGCGAAACACUAGAACUUUGUGAAAUUGAUCUAUUGGUUGCCAUUGAUUCCAAAUCAUUUAAGAAGACUAGUUCAACUGUAUCUAUUAGUUGUAUUAAUUUUUAUCUUGUAGGGGAAUUCAAAAGAUCAUUAGUAUUUAGAACUGGGAAACCAUUUAAACAAAAUAUUUAAUUGAAAACAAAAUUAUACAGAAAACAUAUCUCCAUUGGUUUAUUCGCUUUAUAAUUUCAAAGAAGAGUCUUUAAGAUCUCGGAGCAAAGCUCGCUACAAGAGAACCAUUUUCUUCACUGAGAAAAUUGGAGGCGUCUAAGCAAAAACUGACAUGUACAUGUAUCUAUAAAUUGUGAUAAUAAUAUUUUGUGAUUACUUUAUAUAGACCUAAAUACCUAUGAGUACCAAAAUUAUGCAAUGCAAGUAGCUAAAAUAUCGCAGUUUCAAGUUGUUACGAAUAAAAAUCAA